GAUAUUUUAUUUAUGAAUUCAUUAAAAUUUCUAUUGCACCGUAACAAUGUGAAUAGAUAGUCUAUAAUAGUAGUGAUUUAUGGUCCGUUACUGAUAUAAUAUUUCUGUUGUCACGACUGUCAUCGCACUCAUGUUAGUGAAUGUAUACAUCACAACCGGCAAAGUGACAUAAGCCUAACAUGGCUACCGUUAAAGUAACCGAGCAAAAAGUUAUUUUAUGCGGAGAAUACGGUGUUGGAAAGACUUCUAUAUUUAGACGUUUUGCGAACAAUACUUUUAUAGCAAGCAACGAUCGAAAAUCGACAUUGGGUCUCGAUAAUAUCGAUAAAGAAUAUGUAGUUGAAGACAGACGAAUACGAUUGCAAUUAUGGGAUACAGGUGGUAUGGAAAGAGUUGCAUCAGUAACAUCAAGCUAUUAUAAAUUUGCAGAAGCUGCUAUAUUAGUUUUUGCAUUAGAUAAUUCAACAUCAUUUCAUCUUUUAUCUCAACAUUUGCUUGAUAUUGUUACAUAUGCUGAAAAUGCAAAAAUAUUUCUCUGUGGAAAUAAGAGUGAUUUAGAAAGUUCAUCUCCACAAGUAACAGAUGCAGAAAUGGAACAAUUUUGUGAACAAUGCCAUAAUUUAAUUUCUGGUAUAUAUAAAACAUCCUGUAAGACUGGAGAAGGAAUACAUGAAAUGUUUGAAGAUAUAGCACAACAUUUAGUAGAAGCUAACAGAUCACGAAUGGAAUUGCAUGAAAUGGACAAAGAUAGGUUUAAAAUUUCAUACAUUGAUGAAGCUGCUGAUCCAUCAUGUUUAUGCUAAAUAAUGAAUAUUGGCAAAUAUAUGCUCCUGAUGCAACAUUUUUAUAAUAACUUAACACAUUGCAAUAUUUUAUUGCAGAGUGUAAAAUAUCUUUUUGUAUCGAAUAAUGAUAAUAGUAAGCUUUUCUAUAUAGAAAAGCACCAUUAAAUAAAAAAUGGGAAAAAAGGGGGAAUAUCAAUAAAAUUUAUAUACAAUUGAAGUUAUUUUAAAAAUCACAAAAUAAAAAAUUUUAAAUAAACAUUUAUUACACAUUCAUAAGUUUUAUUUAAUUAGUUUUGUUUAACUUAUUUAUAUGAUUUAUAUAUUUAAUUCAUACUAUCUACAUAUUAGAUAGUUGAAAGUAUGUAAUAAAAGAGUCACUAAUGUUGAGUCCAUUUAAUAGAUUUCAAAUCAAUUCCCUCUUCGACCAUUUCCCAUAAUGGACUGUGAAAAAUAAGCAAUUUAAAUAUAUAUUACUACUUAUGUAUUAUAAUUAAUAUUUAAGACUAUAUAAUCUUAAUUAUAAAAAACGUCCAAUAAUAAAUUUAUCAGUUUCUCAUGAUAUCGCGCUUUUCAUAUUCAUAAAAUUAGAAUAAUACAUAUGUGAUUUUCGUACCAAAUAAAUAUAUUAUAAUUAAA